GAUAUUUAUAAAAUGAAAUCUUGAACUUGAACCACUAGAAGCCGCUAUAAAAGAUAUCCAUUAUUGAGGAAAGUAAGUUAUCAUUCAGACUCCAUAGCUAUAGAGCUUCCAAUGGCUUCAACAGAAGGGAUGAAAGCAUACGAGGAAGACAACCUUCUGUCCCUUCCCAAACAGAAGGGUUGGGCUGCUGGCUAUUUCUAUCUAUUUCAAGACUUUUGGUGUCCAUCAAUUUUUAUUGAAGGUGUAAUCAAUUUUCAAAAGCAUUUUCAGGCAAAAGACAGUGAUGUUAUUGUUGCCAGCUUUCCCAAAUCAGGUACUACUUGGUUGAAAGCCCUUACUUUUUCUAUUCUCAACCGACACCGUUUUUCAUCUUCAGAUAAUCAUCCACUACUCACUUCCAAUUCUCAUGAACUUGUUCCUUUCCUUGACUUCAUCUUUCAUGGUGAUAACAUCCAACACAAACUUUCUCACCUCUCCAACACCACUGAACCAAGACUUUUUAGUACUCACGUUCCAUUCCCUUCCCUCUCCAACUCAAUUAAGGACUCCAACUGUAAGAUAGUUUAUAUCUGCAGAAACCCAUUUGACACUUUUGUUUCCGCAUGGGUCUUCUUCAAUAAAAUAAUGUCAGAUUCUCUGAAUGAAGUAACCAUAGAGGAAGCUUUAGAAAAUUACUGCAAGGGAAUAAUUGGGUUUGGUCCGAUUUGGGAGCAUAUGUUAGGUUACUGGAAAGAGAGCAUAGCAACACCAAACAAGGUUCUGUUCUUGAAGUAUGAAGAACUCAAAGAAAAUGCCAAUUUUUACGUGAAAAGAGUUGCAGAAUUCUUGGAUUGCCCUUUCACAGAAGAAGAGGAAAGUAACGGAGUGAUUGAAAACAUAAUCAACUUAUGCAGUUUCGAGAAAAUGAAGAAUCUAGAAGUCAAUAAAUCUGGAACAAUUGGCAAGAACCUUGUAAAGAAGUACUUAUUUCGGAAGGGUGAAGUAGGAGAUUGGGUAAACUACUUUUCCCCAGCUAUGAUAGACAAAUUAUCGAAAACAAUGGAAGAAAAAUUAGGUGGAUCUGGUCUUUCCUUUAAAACGUGUCCAUAAAUUUGGUAGCUAUUGUGUGGCACAGGAUGCAUUUCAUUCUCCCUUAUGCUUUUGCUUUGUGAAGACGUGUUAUGAGUUGUAGAUUGGAUUGAGCAUGUGUUUUAAAGUAAAGGUUUUUUUUUUUUUUUUUGGGUCUCUCUAUGUUGGGUGGUUUGAACGAGUCAUUUACUCAUUUUGUGAAUAUCUAAGAUAACUCCACGUUCCUAUUAUGUAAAUUUGAUUCUCGGUUGUGAAGCUAAUGUUCACUAAACAAACAAGUUUUU